AUGAGUUCGUUGAACAAACGUUUUAUGGAAGAAAUGUUUAUCGGACUAAAUGUUAAUGUUAACAAAUGGUUUGUGGUGCAAAUAUACUAUAGAACAAAUAUUUGAACACUUUUUCCAAAAUCAUUUGUUCCAAUGACUAUAUAUUCCAAAAUCAUUGUGGAACAAAUAUUAUAGGCUCAAUCCAACUGAUCACUGCCCCUCAAACGGAUUGGUCAGCAACUACUGAUUUUAGGAAUAGUUAAAUUUAGUGGCUGACCAAUCUGCUGGAUACAGGAACACACGGAUUCUGACGAGAGCUGUUUCCCAGCAGCUGAUUUUCGGUACUUUAGGAACACAGCCUGUUCAUUCUUAACUACCUUUGGUUGGUAAUAUUUGUUUUGUUUUUGUUAUCACCAAUCCGGAAAAACUUGUAGGAUCUCUGAUUUGGCGAUGUGCAUGCGUCCGGUGUGACUACUGAUUACGUGAGGCGUCAUGCCGUUAUUACAGUUACAUGUGGUAUUGUGUUAGUGUUGCUUUAUGGUUUAAUUUGUGUUUUAAUGAAAAACUUCUACCAUUAAUCACUGAUCAGUAUUUUGUAAGAAUCUUUCCUUUUCUUUGGUAAUUACUAGUCAGUAUCAGUAAUCAGUAUUCGUUAAUCGUUUAUUCAAUUCAGUUGGUGAUUCAAAUUUAUUACACUUACCUAGCUACUAUUCUAUGAUAAUUGCUAAUACUUAAUUUUGGCUAUUGUUUUGGCUUUGUUCACAGUAAUCAUACUAUCCUUACUAUCCGACUAAUUUUGUUAUUUUACACGACACAAGUGAAGUACAAUAGUUUUUGUAAAUAUACUAUUUUGUAAUAAAGUUGUAUUGCCAUUAUUUAAUUUUUAAAACAUAUUUAUAUUAUAUAGGCAGAUAAUUAUGGAGAGUAAAAUGGACGAGAUAAUUAAACUUAAACAAAAUUUACAAAGUAUUUUAAUAAGCUCGCCUAUAAAACCAACUAUCGAACAACUUCAAGAAGACUACAUUAAUCUUGAAGGACAUACUAUACCCUACCGUCAGUUUGGUUUCAAUUCGAUAUUUGAACUUCUUCAAAAUUUCAAUGAUAUUUUCGCUGUAAGUUUUUCUCAGGUUUUUUUUUAUUAACUGUUUCAAUGCUUUAGCUAUGUCUCUUUUGUUUUAAUCUAUUAUCUAUAAUUUCAAUCUAUUAUCUAUAAUUUCAAUACAAAUCAUUUACUAAUUUCUAGUUAAUUCAAUUUGCAGAUACCCACAAUGCCAAACAAAUAUUCCAGAAUAACUCUUAUUCAUGAUACUAAAUCUAAACACUUAAUACAGCUUAUUGCAAAGCAAAAAAAAUCUGUUAAACAUAAAAAUUCAAGAACCUCAGAAAAUGUAAGAAAUUCCCAUUACAGUAGUAAUGACAGUACAGACAGUAGUAAACCUGUCGUCGUGAAAUGUGCCACUUAUUACAAUAAUCACAGAAAGAAAAUAUUACCUAAAAACAGUAAUAGCGAUAGUGAUGUUAAUAUAAAUGAUUCAAAUCAAAAUGACACUCUAAGGCCUUAUAAUUCUUAUAGCCGCUCUCAAAAUAUUAGAACUAAUGAGGAUAGCGUCCUAAGCAACCAUACUUCAGGUAUAAAUAAUUUAAUAUUUGCUGAUUUUUAUUUUCAUACUUUAAAUAUGAUUUCAAAUUACUGAUGUAUAAAAUCUGUAUUGAAAAAACUUCAAGAAUUUUUUUUGAAUUUGAAAUCUAAAUAUUUUCUGUGGGUAACUACAGAUUUAUAUGUCAUUGAUGUAAUGAUUUAGGUUUUUCUAAUGAUUUGUAAUGUAUUGUACAGAACUACAAGUUUUAAAAGUUAUAUUAAAAUAUUAAGAAAAUAUAAAAUUAUUAAUUUAAUCAAAAAGUAUAACGACAUAAUAUAACAACGGUAAGGAUAACUACUAGUUUCAGUCUAAACCAUCUUCAGGUUACAUAAAUAAAUUUAAAAAAAAUGUAAAUAUAAUUAAAAUGGGAGAUAAAACUAGAAGUUACCAUUGUUAUAUUUUUUGGUUGUAUUAGAAACUAUAUUUUCUUAAAAUAUUAAUGAAGUAUACAAUUUACUAUUUUUAAAUUAUGUUAAAUAAUUGUUAAAUUUUAAUAAUAUAUUGCUCGAAUUUAAAAUUAACCACACAAAAUCCUUGCUUCUUGAAAUACCUUUUUUUUUUUUAUUAAAAAUUGAUUUUAAAAAAAUAGGUUUUUAUAUAUUAAUGACAUUUGGUCUAUUAUAUUAAUACCAUGUUAAUUGUCAUUAUAAUUUUAAUUUACAGAUGUACCAAAUAUAUCUUUAAUGCUACCUGACAUAAAUAAUUCUAAUCAAUUUGAAAAUGGUGAUCACUCUGUUGAUAAAAUAUGUGCAUCUGUUUUGAAGAAAAUGUAAUUAUUAAUAAAUACCAAAUUAAUAUUUAAACCAUGUACAGUAAAACCUCCCUAUAACGUAUACCCUAUAUAGCAAAAAUCUUAGAGCUGGCGGAAUAUGACUCAUUGGUAUUUGGUAUGUGUAUUUAAAAUACCACCAGCUCUAGGAAAUCUUAAACAAGUUCUGCAUAACCUAUAUUCCAUAUAUUUUGGUCUCCCUAUAACGAAAAUUCCAUUAUAACGGAAAAGUCAGUUGGUAUCAGAUUCUGUUAUAAGGAAGUUUUACUGCAAUAAUAAUGAAACUAAUAUUAUUUAUAAUAGUGACAAUGAAACAACUAAUAUAACAAAUGGAUCUACAAUAAGAGAAGACAAAUUUUUAAAUAGCUGUAAAACUAAACUAAAUGUAAGUAUGUUCAGAUUACAAUAUUAUGUUUUAAAUGAGAACAAAAACGCCAUAGUUUAAAUUAAAAAUAAAAUUGAUUUUGUAAAAAAAAAAAAAAAAAUACGAAAUUAAACUAGAUAGAUAUUUUGAAACAAAAACCUCAAAUGGAACUAAAUCUCAUAAUAGAUCAGUUAAUGUAAGUAAAAAAUAUUAAACUCAUAUCAACAAAGUGUGUUCAUUAUGUUUUAGUUAUUCUGUAAAUCUGUUUAAGUGUUUUGAUUGACUUUUGCAUGCAAAACAAUCAAAUUCAGUUUUAACUACAGUGAAUUCCAUUUAAUGUGAUCACAUUGGUUCAGGUCAUUUUGAUUCUAUUAACCGAUUGAUUCCACAAAACAAUUUUUUUUAUGGUUUUAUAUUUAUAUGUAAACUUAAUAUAAAAUACAAUAAAGAAGCUAAGUAUCUAUUUUUGAUUCUUUUUGAGAAUAUACUUAUUUCAUUUUCAUAUUGGCCUGAAAUUUAAAUCCAUAUUUAAUUAAUAUACAUGUAAUUAAAAUUAAAUACAUAAUAAUCUAUAUAUAUAUAUUGUACCUGUAACUUUUGGAACAUUCAGUAAAAAACUACAUAUAACUAAUAAAAACCUAUAAUACCAUAAAAGGAUAAUAAUGUUCAUAUAAGUGAUUCAAUUAUCCAGUACAUAGUGAUUCAAGUAAAAGGUUAAUUUAACAUUAGUAACAUACAAUUUGGUUUAGGAUUUUCAUUUUUGAUUCCAAUAAACGGUUGAUUCUAUAAACCAUUAAUCAUAUUAAACGGAAUUUGUAUUUACAAUACUUCCUAAUAUUGUAUAGGAUGCUCACAAUUAUUGCAAAUAUUUUCUACCCUUUAAAGCAGCUUGAUUUUUAUUAAUGAUAAUAAUUACAUUAUGUCUGAGACUUCCAGGGAUGUAACAAGGCCACACAAAAGUUUCUACUCUUGUAACCUAAUUUUAUUAAUUUUCAUUUAUAUUGUAAAUUCUAAAUUUUGCACCCUUUUCUGAGAUGUGAUCUUGACCUAAGUAAGUUUUGCGAAUUCCUACAGAUCUGGAAAUUGUAUUGUUUACUGAUAACAAAAUAUAAAAAAACAUUUCUAAUUAUUUAAAAAAUGUUAUAAAUAAUUCAUUAAGGUUAUAAACAUGAUAUUUUGUAUACUUAUAUACUGUGUAAUAAAAGUAAUCUUUUUUAAUAAAUAUAUAAAAUCAAAUUGUAGGUGUUAAAAUAAAAUAUAAUAUAUACACUAUACAGUUUGUAAUUCAAAUAUAUAAUAACUGAAAUAAUUUUUGUUAUGUUCAAUAUUAUUAAGGUUUUUUCUUGUAAUAAUUUCUCAAGCUUUUAUGUUCCCUUUAUUUUAUAUUAUUUUUUAUUAAAAUAAAAAAUUUAAAUUGCAUAAAAAAAAGUUUUUACAAAAUCUAAAACAGCCAUUUUAUAAAUAUAUUUUGAUGUUACAAAUAUUUACAUAUGAUAAAUAGUUUCUACAAUUUUUGAAGUAAAUAAAUAUCAUUAUUAAUGAUUUGGUAUUCAUGAAAAAAUUGUUAAAUCGAUUGAUAUUAUUUAGUACAAUGUAAAUUAUCAUAAACUUGAACAAAUUUUAGAGAAUUGAUAAUUCUUUUAAGUUAUUAUUUAUAACAUAAGAAUUUUGUUUUGAAAUAUAUUUAUAAAAUAUAUAACUUAGAUUAUGUAAAAACAAUAUUUUAUUUUGAGUUGUUAAACUAUAUAUAUAUAUAUAAUAGAGGACUUUUAGUGUAAGGCUAUAGUAAUAAUUACAAGAAAAAAAUACAAAUAUUGAACAGAUCAUAAGUUAUUUAAAGUGUUAGAUCUUAAUGUUUCGGGCUGUAUAAUGCAUGAGUGUAUAAUACAUAGUGAUUUUUUAUCAUGAACCAGUAAUUAUCUCAAAGGGUUUUAAGUGAAUUUGAUUUCUGUUUUUUCUAAUCAUUAUGGAGUCGUUUAAGUUUUAUUUUAAAAUCAUUAUUCAUUUUUUACCUCUACUCCAUAUACCUUAAAUAAAUGCUUACUUUUGAUUUUACAAUGGAAAUCCCCCCCCCCGGUCUAUUGGAUCACUGAUUUGAAUAAAGAAUAUUAUUCUAGAAAUUUUGGUAUGCAUAAUACUAAUAUCAGAUUUACCGUUUAUGAGUUAUAACAGUUUAAAGUUUAGACCAGAGGAGUGGAGAAGGGUCAUAGAUAGGCAAUUUAUUACCCUUCCUUACUCCUUCUAUCUAAACUUUAAACUUUUAUAACUCAUAAAUGGUAAAUCUGAUAUUAGUGUGAUUUAUAUCAGAAUUUCUAGAAAAAUAUUCUCUAUUCAAAUCUGUGUUCAAAAGGGGGGUUCCUAUUUGAAAAUCAAAAGUAUGCACUUAUUGAAGAUAUAUGUAGUAAACAAUUAAAAAUGGAUUUAAAAUAGAUCUUAAAUGAUUCCAUAAUGAUUAUAAAAAACAGAAAUUAAAUUCACUUAAAACCCUUUCAGAUAAUUACUGGUUCAUGAUAAAAAAAAUUACUCUUUAUAAUAUAUACAAUAUUUAAAACUUUUACUAUUUCAGAGACAAAUCUAUAGAUAUUUUUAUAAUAAUUUAGUUGUGUAUUUUUUGAAAUGCUAACUUUAAAACGUAUUCCGAUUUUAAAUCAUUUUGUAAAUUCUGUAUAUUAUGUAAAAUAAUAUAAUUUCUUAUUAAUUUGUACACAUGUAUAUCAUUAUUAUAAUCAAAUGUAAUUGAGUAUUCUUAAAUGACUUGAUUCUACUGUUUCAAUAAAUAAUUACUAUAUUUUAAGGUGCGUGACUUGACUACUAUAUACAAAUCAGAAAUUAUUGAACCUGCUGAUUCUACUCCGAAAAUAGAACAUCUUGAUUAUUGUGAGUAAUUAUUUUAUUAAUUAGUUUACUAUUUUAAAUUUUAGGUUUUAAUUUUUAUAUUACAUUAAUAUAAGAUAACUAAUAUGUCUUGAAGAUUAUUUUAAAGUCAAUUGGUAUUACUAACAAAGACUAAUUUGAAAAUAUGGAAUUUGUAUCAUAUGUUAUCUAUAUAAGAAAAGUAACUACUACAACUGUUUAUUCGCAUCAUUUGUUAUUUACAAUAUUUCACCCUGAAUUUUAAAUGCUGGCUAUUGCAUAUUAAAUUAGUAAAAAGAGUUAUGGCAAAACAAAUUUAAUAUUAAAAAAAAUACAUUAAAAUCAAAGUUUAUUUUCAAUAAAAUACUGAGCGAAGAGUGGAUAUAAAAAUACUCUAUGGUAAGAAGGGAGAUGAAGUUAAUGGUCAUUAUACCCAUACUGGCCAUAUCCCUAGAAACUUUAGAAGACUUCAUGUGGUCUUAUAGAAAUAUGUACUUGAUGUGUGACUUUAUUGAAAUUGUGUUUAUUGAUAUUUAUAAUUAAGUAAUAUUUAACUCUGUAGAUAUCACUGUUCAAUUAAAUAACAUAGGAUGUAAUUUAGGAGUCUAUUAGUUUUACUGUUAACUUUUUUUUUUUUUUUUAUUAUUAUUAUUAAACUUCUAUCUUGAUUCAAUGUAUAGAGUCUAGCACUUUAACUAAAAUAAAAUUGUACUUAGUUGGUACAUUAGUGCUUCAUUUUCCAAGAGGUUUACAAAAUAAUUGGGAAUAACUGGAUAAUGCUGAAUUUCCAAUUUCAUUGUUUUUAAUUUACAUGAAUCAUGGUUUUCCAUCAGAAAUACUGUUCCAUUAGAAAAAUGGCAAGAGGUCUUUUUUUGUUGCAUUAUGAAUCUAGUUCUCACGAACUAGAUUUUUAACUUAAAACUUUUUUUUUUUUAUUUUCCCAAUAAUUUUCAUAAUAAUUGGAAAAUCUCCCAAAAAAAGAUAUAUAAAAUAUGAAAAACAAACAAGUUUAACCGCCUACAAUUUCAUUCUUUUAAAUUUACGGCUUGUUUUUUAAAAGAAAUAUUGUUCCAAUAGAAAAAUAGCAAGAAAUCUUUUUUGUUGAAUUUUGAAUUUAGUUUGUGAAGAAAGAAAUCAUUCCUUUAUGUUCUUUUACUUUUAUAUUUACAUUUUUGAUUUUCCCUAUUUUGUUAAUAAUUGAGCCAAACCAACAAAAAAAAAAAUGUCGAAAGACCAGGAAAUUUCACAAAAAUAGUGCUUUUAUUAUUUUCAAUAUUGUUUUUUUUUUUUUUGUGGUAAUUCAGCUAAUAAUAUUCGCAGAGACUUUAAAUUUUUAUAGAAAAUUUACAUUUACUUUUUCUAGACGUGGUAUAGUUUUUAAAACAUUUGAUCACAAAAAUCAUUUUUUAACUGUUUUAUAGACAUUUUGAGUUUUUACAUAACUUUUAUUUGGCAGGUACUCUGUUGAUAAUAUUGUUAGGCUAAACAAGAAAUGCUUGAAAAUUUAACUGGAGGUUUUCAUUUUAAGUUUUUCUCAUAGGACAAAAAAGAUUAAUUAAUGUAAUAUAUAUUUGUUUUUACAAGUUUUAAAGUCAAAUUUUGACAAAAAUCUUAAAUAUUACUGUCCUACCUUCUUGACUUCCCACUUACAAAAAUGGCGCACUCAUCCUCAGUAUCAGCUCUGAUUUUAUAUUAUUUAUAAUAAUAUUACAAUAUUAUAAACUAAUAAAAUUGAGUUAAAAUAUUAUAUUUAGCUGUUCAAUCUAAUGAAGCAAAUAUCCAACUUCAGCUGAUUCCAAAAGACAUUCUAGUAAAAAUUGCAAUGGUAUUCAAAGGCUACAAAGACAUUAUGAGUUUUGUUUUGUUUGAAUUCAAUUAUAUUGUAAGUCAAAUAAAUUAAAUAUAAAUUAGUUACUUUAAUAAUACAUUUAUUUUUAUAAUUUUUAGAAAAUGUUCCACAUUUUAUUGGACUUAGAAUAUUUUGGUUGUAAUUCAAUCUUGGAAUUUUUUAAGAAUUUUGAUCAAAUUUUUGAAAUACGGAAUAAUACAUUGUACAAAAAGAUUUCCUUUAAAUACAUAUCAAAACAAUAUAAAAUUGAAAAGUCUAAUUAUGCAAAGACAUUUUUAUACGCUCAAGUAUAAUUUAUUAUUUUGUUAAAAAAACUUAAAAUAUAAAUUAUUGCUUACAUUUAUAGUAACAAAUUUAUAUACCACAUUAGUCUGAUUAAAUAAUAUAUAAAUCUGAAUAAAAAUAAAAGUAAAUUAAUUAACUAAUAAUUAUAAUAUCAUACUCGUUAUAAAUAAUAAACUUAAUGUUAGACUACAAUUUGUUUUGAAUUUAUUAUCUUAUAAUUUGUGUUUGUUGAUAAAGUUAAUUUAAGUAAAUUUACACUAAUGAUAUUAAAAAAAAAAAAUUAUAUUUCUAAUGUGGUCUGUAAAUUUAUUGUGGACUUGUACAUAAUCUGCAGUGUUAGAUAGUUAAAAUAUGUACAAGUGUUGUAUAGUAAUAAUAAUUAAUUUGAUUUGCUAUAUUUUAGGAGCCUAUUAUUUCUGAUGUAUAUUCAAAUAUUAAACAGCUUAUUUCUUUAAACAUACACCAGACGAUUAUCAUCCAUAAUACCAAAUCAAUAGUGUGCUUAGUAUCUGAAGCAUAUGACCCAAGUUUAUUUUAUGUGCAACUAUGUAGUGAAAAGCAGAAAUUAAAUUUUUUAAUGAAGAAAAUGCAGUAAGUAAAUUAUAUUUUGUGAUUUUUUUAUUCUUCCAUUUUAUGUACAGGGUUACCAAUAUAAUGUAAGAUUUAUUAUCAUGGAAAGUAUUAACUUUUUUCAGAAUCUGCUAUUCAGAACAUUUAAGAAAUUAAUAGCUCUGAAAUGUUAAUUUACUCUUUUAGAUUCGGAGCGUAGUGAUGUAUCGGUUUUACUAUGAUAUGCUGUUUUUUUUUUUUUAUUGUUGUUUCGAUUUCAUUAUUUUAAAUUUGUACGGCUUAUAUUUUCUACCAGAAAUGUAACUUUUUUGUUAGAUUUUUAAUCUAGUUGAUGAACAAGAAAGUUGUUUUGUGAUUUUCUUUGUAGUUGUUCUAAUAGCUGAGCAAAACGAAAAAAAAAAUGCAAAAAGUAAAGGUAAAUAAUUAUAAAAUAAUUAAUUUAAUAAUAAAUAAACAAAAAUAAUUCUUUUAUUAUUUUCAAUUUUAUUUUUUAGGUGUAAUAUAGUUUAAUAUAUUCAUAAAGGCUUGACAUGUUGAUAGAAAACUUAAUUUGCUGUUUAAUGAUAAAUCAUUACUAACAAACACCGAUUUGUAGAGAUGUUUUUUCUGGUUAUUAUGAAAACUGCUUGGAAAAUGAAAUCUAAUGCACCAAUUAGGUGCAAUUUUAUUUCCGAAAAUGUGCUACAUUCUAUACAUGUGCAAAAUAUUUCUUUUCGAAAAAUUGUUUACAGAUAGAAAAAAAAAAUUCUUAUCAUAGUAAAACCAAUAGAUUCUUCGGCACACUCUAAAUUUAAACAUUCAAGUUUUUUAUAAAAUCAAAGAUAAUCAAGAUAAUUUUGUAGUUAUUUAUUUAUGCAUGUAUUAAUGAAUUUUGAAAUAAAAUGUUGGUGUUACAAAUAUUUCAUAAUGUUUUUUGUUAAGUUUCUGAAAUUGUUUGAAGUUUUCGUGAAGUUUUUCAUGGAAAAAUGUGUGAAUAAAAUUUAGUUUAAAAUUUAAGAUAAUUUAAAUUGUUUACAUUACCACUACUAAAUAAUAUCAAUCGAUUCAGCAAUUUUUCUAUGAAAAAUAAUUGUAUAAAUGAACUUUGAAAGGUUUUAGAAACAUAAUGAUUCAUAGAAAAUAUUUGUAACACCAAAAUUGUGUUUCAAAAUAUAUUUAUAAAAUGGCUAUAUUGAAUUUUUUAAAAACAAAAAAAUUUUAUUUUUAAUUAAAAAAUUAUAAUAAUAACAGAAGAAUAAUAAUGCAUGGCUUUAAUAAUUGAAUGAAACUUAUUGCAUUUGUUAAAUGUUUAUGGGACACGUUGUAUAUGUUUUUAAUUAGUUGUACUAUUGUAGUUUACAUUUUUUUAGAAUUUUUUAUGACGAAGAAAAUACAAAAUACUGUGUUCAAUCACAGCAAGUUUUAGUUGGUUCCUGUUAUUGUACUUUUUAUACUGAAUGUGUAGAUGAAAACAAAUGGCGUAGAGUUAAAAUUUUACGUGAAGUUAAUUCAACAAUUGUCCUAGUAAUUUUUUUUUUUUAAUAUUGUGAAUUACAUAUUGUUAUAUUUUAUAAACAACAUUUUUCAGGUAAUUCAAGUUGACUUUGGUACUGUGGAUUAUAUACUAAAGGAAAAUCUGAGAUUUCUGAAAAAAGACUUUUGUAAUUUAACAUGCCAGGCAAUUCAGUGUUGUCUGACUGACUUCAACAUGCUUGGUACAAUUGCAAGAAAUGUUACAGAUGCUUUUUUUAAUAUCAUUAGUAAUAAUGAAAUUUUGAAAGCUAAUAUAAACAUAAAUUUAAUGCUGGUGAGUUAUAUUAGUUAAUAGUUAAAAACAUAAUCACUACCUAUUUAGUAUAAAUAAAUAUAUUUAUAUAUAUAUUUGUCCUUUUAGAAUCGUCAGAAUCAAGUCUUGCAUGUCACCUUAUUUGACCAAUUCAAAAAUAUAAAUUUAGAAUUGUAAGUAUUCAUGUUUAAUUCAAAAUAAGUUUGUAUAAUGUAAAAAACCUGCUAAGUACUUUACAAAUUUCUCUUUUAAUUGGUGAUAAACAAAAAAUUAUUUCUAAUAAAUUUAUAAUUUUCAAGUUGUGCAUCUGCUUAAUUGUGAACAAAAUUUAAAUCUGAACAUUUUAUGAGUUUCUACUCUAAACUUAACACGUUCACUGCUGAUCAUUUUUUUAUACCUAUACCCCGAUGCUGGUUAAAAUUAUAAUUUUUUUUAUGACGUCAAUGUUGAAAAUUUGAGAUACAAAUUUUACACAUAUGUACAGAAUUAUACACUGACUGAACAACGCUGAUAAAAGAAACAUAACACUGGCUAAAUUAAAACCAAUUGAAAAUAAUUGUAUAAAUGACACCAUAAGGCAUCAUCCGCACAUGGGAAGCAAAUGAAAUGAUGCCUUAAGAUGUUAACUACAUAGAACGUAUUAAUGUAUUGUUGGUAGAACUAAAGGCAUUUGAAAACUUUUUUGUGUGAUCCUUUCUUUUCAAUCUAUAAUUUGUGUAUAUUUGUAUUCUAUAUAAGUAAAUAUAUUGUUGGUAGCUUGAAAAAAUUGUCCUUAUCUUUUAAAAUACGGUUUAAAAAAUCUGAGCAUUUAUACUAACUAUUUGAAUGGUGAGUAAAAAUGUAUUUCAUUUUUACCAUGUAGCGUUUUUGUGUCCGAAUUAAGUCUAUUUAAAAUCGAAUGUAGUAUUUGUUAUCAAGCAAAUUCGCUUAAAUCACUAUUAACCCUUAAUUUUAUAAUUCAAAAUCAUUUUUUUAGGUCUAUAUAAAAUUACAAAAAUUACAUUAUUAAAACGAUAAAUAAAUGAUGAGAUUUGGCCAAAAGGAAAAAAUAUUUAUUAUUUAUCACACAAGCCGGUCCCAUGUGACCGGUGUAUUUGGCCAAUAUUUGUCACUGGUGAUAAUGCGCCAGUCAUAUGGGAAACUUCACAAGUACAAUUGUUGGUCCUUGGCUCGUACCCGUGGAUUGUUAAUAUACCUGACACAAGUCAAAGGACCACCAAUGUUUACAUUAAACUUUGCAUUUACUCCUAAACACCAGAUGACUGGCGUUUAAAUGUCCGCGCGAGUAUACAAGUUACAUAAUCACGGUAUAGGAUAUGUUAUUUUGGUAGAAAGGAGUGUCGAAUUAUACCACUUCAAGACCAUGCAAGAAAAAAAGUUAAACAUUUUAUUGAAGUUAAGAAAUUAGAAUUUAUAUUUAUCAUGAUAAGUUUAUAUCAGUGCUGGGCAAUGAUAGUGGUAAUUCCUAUUUGUAAGUGCAUAGCAGUCGUAUGGGAGUAAAGACCAAUGUUGGUCAUAUUUCACCAAUGACAAAUAUUCGCCUAGUACACCUGUCGUGUGGGACCAGCUUUAUAAUAGCAAAAUCAUACUCAAAUUGUUAUCACUUAUCAACGACGUAGAUAUCGAAUAAAUACAUGAAACAGGACCGUAAACAUGAAGAUUAGAAUACGGAAACCAAACCUUCGUUUCUAAAAACGUUCCGAAAUAAGUCGCACGAUUAAACGGUCACAGGCUGCGCUGCGUACUCUAGGGUUGCUACUUAAGCCUGCGUAGUAAAGCGAUUAUUAAUGUAUUUUGAACCAUGACCCAUCAUAAAUUGUAUAGUUCUUAAAUUUACGUACCUAAUAUUAAUACACACAUUUUCCAAAAAAUUGAAUAACUGCUAAAAUACACGUGUUAAAGUAGCCCUAGCGUACGCAGCGUAGCUUGUAACCGUUUAAUCGUUUGACUCAUUUUUCGGUUUUUCACAUUUGAUAAGAAAAUUGAGAAAUGACUUCCCUAAAGUACCAAACCUAGAAAACUUCUUUUCAGAAAAGGGGUCUAUAUCGUAUACAUUGGAGAAAGUUUUCUUGUAGAAAAAGUGUUAACAUUAAAUGAUAAAAUAUAAACAUCUUUUGCUUCAUAAAUAUAAACAUGCGACGUAAAGAGUGUUGUUUAUCAAUAAAAUAUUUUUUUAUGAAAAUAUUGAAUUGACAAUGAGUUGACCGUGAAGUCAUUUUAGUCAGUAAAAACGGCCCUACCUCUUUUCUAUAAAUUAUUUUAUUUUUUAUUUUCAUAUGGCAAUCGGAUAUAUAACAUAAUAUAAUGAAUAAUGAAUAAUGAAUAAAUAGCAAAAAUAAAAAUAAUUUAAUAAUAAUAAAAAUAACACAAAAAAAUUCACAUUUCGUUACGAUUUAUAUAGGGUAUAAUUUUGGUUCAUAGGCGUGGAUCUAAUGGAUUUAUGGAGCCCGUCAAUGCCUCUUUCAAAUCGUGAUAAUUGACAUUCUUGUGCGACAUGCCUGACUGUCUAUGCCUGUUCUCCUAAAUGGAUAUCGGGUUGUAGAUCAGUUAGAUUUAGAUCCCCAUUUAGAUCAUUUUUGUGUUAUUUAAAUCUUAGGAAUCUAGGUGGCCGGUGAUUUUGGAUCUAAGUGGCCGUUCAUGAAGAUUUAUAUUGCCCAUGAAUAUAUAGUUUUCACGGGAACUAAUAUUGAUCCAUAGGGAUCUAAAUAGACGAUGUUCUAGGUGAUCUCGAACCACCCGGUGCUAUGCUCUUUCAUGGAUUUAUAUACAAUAUCUACGUCGAUGAUAAGUAUUAACUAUUCGAGUAUAGUCUUGUUAUUAUACCGCGCGAAUAAAUGACAAGAAAAAAAUUGUAUGUUUUUUACCAAAUUAAACAUUGUUAUUAUUAGUUAUAAUAAUAUUUAUAUCAAGGGGAUUAGAAGCAAUGAUUUUCUGUGAGUUUUACAACAUAUGAAUUUAGCCGUGCUGUAUUUCCAACGUAUUAAUUGAUCUUAUGAAGUUAUAAGAAUUCAGAAAACAAUUUUAAUUUGUCGCAAUGUCUACGUGAGAUCGAGUUUGCUACUUUUUCGAUUUGGGGUGGAGCGAAGGAUCUAUUGACUAUUGGUUUUACUAUGCUAUGACACGGUUUAUAUUUGUAUUCGUGAAUAACUCUUUGAAAAUAAAAUUUGCUCCGAUGUAUCAAGUGUAGUAGGUAUAUUUUCUGAUAAGAAAUUUUACCUGGUUGGUUCUCUAAGGAGGUGGUCAUCUUUUGAUUUUCCAAUCGGUUUUCAUAAUAAUUGGGAAAAAACAGGAGUAUUUACGAAUAAUUAAUAUAAUUAUUUUCAAUUUUUUUUUUUUUUUUUUGUGAUUCAGUUAAAAUAUUUGUAGAUACUUGAAACUUCGAUAGAAAACUAUUUUUUGUAUUUUCAAGACUCGGUAAAAUUUUCAAAACAUUUUAGCCAUUUUUGAACUGUAAACAUUUUAAUUUUUCGAGUUAAUUACUUAAUUUGUAUUCGGUAGGUACUCUGUGGAUAAAAUUGUGAAACCAAACAGAAAUGUAACAGGGGGUUCAUUAUGAGUCGUACUUUGUCACCAAAGAAAAAAAGUUGAGUAUAAUGUAGAAUCUUUUUACUAGAAUUUUAGUAACACAUUUUGACGAAAAUCGUAAAUAUUACGGCCUUUCAAAAUACGUAAAACCGAAUUACGUUCCGAAUCGUUUUUCUUUAGCAAUGGUUUAUCGUUACUUACAGAUAUAAAUUAAGUAAUUUGUAUAUAUGUUACCUUCCCAACUUCCCACCUACAAAGUGAACAGUACAACAAUAUCAGCUCUGUUUUUAGGUUUUAUUUCUCCAAAAAUUUAAAUAUUCCAUUUUUUAUUAUAGUUCUUUUUGGAUUUAUAGGUGUAAAACCAAACAUGCGGGAAAGUUAAUUUGAUUGAUCUGAUUGAGAAAUUGACGACAAAUUUUAAUGUUUUUAGAACUCUUAUUCCUUCACUGCCAAUUGGUUCGUUGGAAAUAGAACACGUCUAAACUCUUAUGUUGCACGUGCGUGAGAUAAAGACAGAAAAUCAUGGCACUAAUAUUACCCUUUGGCACGCACCAAUUGAUAUAGUUCCCUUAAUAAUUUUUAAAAAUGAUAAUGGAAAAUAUUGCAUAUAGAUUAAAUGAAUAUUCAAUAUACAUUUUUCAUUCAAGGGUUGUACGGACUUUUGAAAUCACGUUUUCAAUCGAGACUUCUAGUGAAACAUAAAAAAUGCAAUGAUAAUAAAUGGUGUUAAAAUGCGAGAUCACAUAAUGGACAAAACCAACUAGGUAUUAGGAUUAUUAGAUUUUUUAUUUUGUUAAAAUUGUCGUGAUAUUACCUACCACAUAAAAAAAAAACUACCUGUAUUCUUAGUGAAGUUCAAUUAAACAUUUUAACAUUUGUUAAAUUUAUAUUGAAGAUGGUUUUAAUUUUUAGGUAUAAAUUAAUUUAAAUUUUUCUUGUUUUUAAAUAAAUAAAAAUGGUUACCAAUCCAAAAAUUCUUGCAAAAAGUUUUAUUCACAUCAAUUUAAAAAAAAAACUAAUACUGGGGACGUGUGCGGCCACUGUUUUAGUUGGGGAGAUAGAAUUUUGGAAGAAAAAGUUCACACACACAUAAAAAAAACCUAAAAUAGAUACCUAUAUAAAAAAAAAAUUAUUGUGAUUUUUACGAGUUAUUUUGAUUAGUAUUAACAACCUAUGAUGAAAAUCUUUAUCAAUUUUUCGGUCAUUUAGAGUCAAAAAAAUUAUAUCUUAUAAAAAUAGAAAUUAAAAUGCCUAGUCUUAGCAAUAUUAUGAAAAUAUUUAUGUAAAAUGGUGUAAUAAAUAACCCUAUAAAUCAAUCAUAUUCACCGAAGGUAGCGUGGCCGAGCGGUCUAAGGCGCUGGUUUAAGGCACCAGUCUCUUCGGAGGCGUGGGUUCGAAUCCCACCGCUGCCACAAAUUUUUUUUUGUUUUUUUUCCUUCAAAUUUUAAACAAUUUCUCAUUAUCAGGCCUUUCAAUGAUAAAUCUAUGGAUAUAAUACAUAAUAUAAUAUUGUAUAAUUUUAAAUAUAGAAAUAAAAAGUGUAUAAAUUAAUGCAUUUUUAUUUACAAGUAUUAACCAUUUUAUUAAUUUUGUUUUUACUUUAUUAUUUUAUUAUAUAUUCUUUUAUUUAAAACAAAUAACAAAUAAAGGGGAUGAUCAAUCUUCUGUAAGUUGCUCAUGUCGCUUAUGUUUAAUGGUGGAAUUAAUAGUAGCGUCAAAUUAUUUUGUCACGGGGAGAGGAAUAGGAGAUAAGGAUAAUUUUUUAACAGCUAUUAUUAACUAGGUAAAUCUUUUUUUUAUAAACUUUUAGAUAAUAUGAUGCUAUGAUAAAUAUAAUAUUACAAUAUAGAAGAAAAAUGAAGGCAUCGAGGGGUUAUCUUCUUUAUGUCACCUCCGUUUGACUACUUCUGGGUGAAACCACUACAAACUUGACAUUAAAAUCCUCGACGCUAAACAUUUAUUCGUGAAAGGCGGGGGGAGCGGUGUAACAAACAUAAUUAGCAGACUGAUAGUUAAUAGUUCUCGUCACCAACACUUGUUUUCUGUCAGUCUCGCAUUUAAUAUAGUAAGAAAGGCAUUUCUCAAUUUCACGAUUAUGACUCUCGGGUUGAGUUUAAAUCAAAAGAGUUAGGACCUCUUAUAUAUUUUAUAAAGAAAAGUAUUUAAUAUGAAUUCUGCUGAUAAUUUUUUACCGACCAUUUGACAUGUGAGAAUGAGAAUGAUUUUUACUACGAUUAAUAAAAUUGUUAACUGUUAAUUGUUAUUAUGGCUAAAUAAACAGGUAUGUUAGCAAGAUACGAGUAUGCGUUGAAAUUGAUGUCACAUGGUGACGUGAGUUAAGUAUUUCAUGAAAAAAUAAACUAUGGCCGUAGUAUAAUAUCAAUGUUAAUCGUUACUAUAGUAUGUCAACAAAUCCAGUAUUUGAAUAUUAAAAUGUAAAACAGGAGUGUAAAACAGCUUAUAUAAAUAUAAGCAAGCAAAUUGAACAGAAAAUGAUUCAGAAAAAUUGACCCGAUUCAAAUCUUUGCAUCCCUGUUCAAAAUCUGAAAUGACGCUCUUAACAAACGGAGAAAACAAAUGUUAGGCAAAAGCCCGUAAAAUAAAAUGUUAACUUUAUUUUAAUUUUUGAGUGUUGCAACGAAAAAAAUUAGUUUUUUUCUCUAAAAACAUUUUCAGUUAGUAAAAACGUUCUACAUUUUUCUCAUUGUACCUAGCUACUUUUAACAAUGCAGCUUAUUCAUUAAAUGGUACUUUCAAAUAAAUUUUCAGAAAUAUUUAAUUCUUCACUAUAUUUCUUUGUAUGUUUUUUUUCUUGAUUGUACAAUAAACAUAUCUUAAUAUUCCGGGCGACGCAUUCAGUUAUUUAUUUAGUUUUUUUUAUUUUUUUUUAGUUAAACAUUUUUUGCUGAGUAAAAUACACCUAUUUUUCAUGCAGUAGAUCAAAGUACUUACCCAUUUUAAAAGAUGCACAGAGUGCGUGAAAUUUCACUUUUAAAGUUGGGUUGGAGAUUAGUGGAGUAUUAUCAUUUGUGUGACGGUUCAGAGUCUUAAUAAUGCACUACUACUCUCCUCCAACUCAUACUUAAAAGUGGGGUAUAUCUCCAACAGCUUGACAGAAUUCAUAAGUUGUUUGUUUGGAUAUAAAAAUAAUAAACAUCCCCGUAAAACCAAUACACUCCUUACUUUAAUUAGGAUCUAAAAUUAUAAAGGGGUUUUAAGUUAUAACCCCAAAAUAAAUUAUUAUGAUACACUUUGCAUAUAUACAAUUGCAUCCUUUAGACCUUAUUUAGGGGUGUUCAAAUUUAAAAAAAUACCCUUCUGUCACAUCUCACUCAAUCUAACUUUUAACACUUAAUACAAUUAAAUCAAAAGUAGUGGGAAAAAAAUAUAACUAUGCAUAAUAAACACCCCGUAAGCAGUAUGUAACACCACGCAGUGUUACAUACUAUGAAAAAGAUAUAAAUAUAUAAUUUUAGAUGGGUGGAUACUUUUGUUAACUGCAAGUUUCAUUGCAAAAUUUUACUGUUUGCCUGUAACGUUUGUAUACGUUGAACUAAAAUGAUUUUACAUUUUAUAUUAUAAUAAUGUAGUGGAUUUUUUUUUUGUUUAGGCUUAAAUUUCACGUAUAA